AUGGAUUCCUUUACACGUCAGCGAAGGGGCUCUGGAGGAAGGGAUAUCGAGGUCCCUGCUGGAGCUUCUGAGCCAGAUUAUCAGGCAGCCUUGGGCCAAGAGGACAGCGAGCAACAGCCUGCACCUGUACGUCUAGGAGAAAUGUCUCCGGGCAUGUUGGAGCAGGGCGGGGUUCCGGCAGAGCCGGAGACGCCUGCCAACUUGUUUGUGGCAAGUCCUUUUCAUUCUGAGAAGGUGAAAUCAGAAGUGGAGCUUCUCAGAUCGAGACCGGCGACGUUGGAUGAUGACGGAAGGCGUGCUGGAAUCGAUUACGAUGAGGCAGCUCUUGGAGAUUCGAGCUUUUUGAGUGGCGGCAGGGAACCGGACUAUAGCUUAGCUGGCCAUGGAUCUCGUGGAGGAGCUCCUAAGCUGGCCCGAGUGGAGAUAGCAGGCGAGCAUGCUGUUGAGCAGUCUGGUGAAGCCGAGGAGCAAAAGCCUGGCAUAGUUGAGGUGCAACCUGAGACUGGGCGAGGCUGGGAAAUUACUGGCAAGGGUCGGGGCGCAAAUCCGAGGGAUGGAUCCGCCCCAGACCCCAAGCUUCCCAGCACAUCUGCAUCUUCUCAGACGCCGAGUCCCACUGUGGCAGCGGUAUUUGGAGAGGCGGACGCUGGUAAAGGCAAAGUAGGUGCUUGGCUUGUGGUCAGAGCGGACACUACCGGCCGGACUGUCCGAUUGUCCCAGCAGAGCUCAGACAGGAAUUCUGAAGCCUCUAGUGCUUCGGGCGCCAAGGAAGCCUUGUUUGCUGAAGCAGCCAAGCUUUUGCAAGGUGUCACUGAAUUGCACGUUAACGAGUAUGGGACCUUGCUUAGCCCUGUUGAUUGCCAGCUCAUAUUGAGUGUGUUUCCUGGGAUCUCGGAUUGGGUUCUAGAGAGGUUAUGCUUAGUGUAUAUGGUGGCGCAGGCAGCUGCUGAGAACACUGCUUGUGAAGUUACCGAGCCGCGUGAGCCUGCUGGUGAGGGCGAGUCAGGGUCCGGAGAGCCUCCUCAGGGUCUUGAUGAUCCUCAUGAAAUAGCCUUGUGGGCUUUACGGAGGGCCGCUGUCAAGCUUCAGAUGUCGGUUGAGCCGGAGUUGAGUGACCUAAAAGGGGGGCCCCGAGCUGCAGAGAGUCCGCCUGUAUGCAAAGGUGGUCAGACAGAGAGGGCUGUCUUCUUUGUCUUAGAGGGGUCCUUUGAUGGGUUGACUAGGCCUGAAGAAGUGGAAGGGCUCCGUGAGGCAUAUGGGUUGUACCGGGUAUCUUUUGAUCAGGGAUGUCUGGGAAAUUUGGCGCGGGAUUCCACUGUCCUUGUGACCUCUUCGUGGGAUGUGUUCGAGAGCCUACAUGCCCUGCGGGUUCCGGAACAUAUUCAAAUGCCUGAGUCUUCGAGGAUCAAUGGGAGUCGCCAGCGGAGUCAUUGGCGAUCUCGGAUCACCACCUUGUACUCUUUGAGUGUCGACAUUGCUGGACCGUUCAAGGAUGGUCGCAGUUUUGACUCGAUUGCGUCUGGCAGGGAUCGUGGACGUGGCUAUAAGUACUUCAUUGCUGCAGCGUACUCGAUACCCUUGAGUCCCGAGUUGCGACCUGAUUUGAGUCCUCCUGAUGAUCUAGCUGAGUAUUGUCCUUCUGAGUGUGAGCAAGAAGCUGCAGGGGUAGGACCUAUAGCCGAUGAGGCGUCUGAGGAUUGCUCUGAGUGGCUGGACGGGGUACAUGAGCAGCUCCUGGCCCUGAUUUACCGGGGAACGCUGCAGACGGGGCAGAAGAGGUUGGAGUCGUUUGGGUACCCUGUUCACCGCUACUUCGCAGACCGUGCUAAAGAGCUGAGGAGCCAUGCUUUGAUUCAGUGGCUUCGAGAACGCGGCAUUCGUGCCUCAUUUACCGCAGGAGAGGAUCCUGCUGGAAAUAAGGCAGAGGUCAGUGUCCAGCGGUUGAAGCAAGAUGCCAGGAAACUCCUUCGCGUUGCCGAUCUGCCAAUCGAGUUUUGGCCAUUUGCUAUUCUUCAUGCUUCGCAAAGACACUUUGUGCAAAUGGCUGAGGCUUUGGGUGUGGGACAGGCUGUCCUUUUACCGUUUGGGGUAUGGUUGCAUGCGCGAAAGCGUUUGAAGUCGGGUCAUAAGAAGCAUUGGGAGACACGAACUGUUCCGGGCAAGUACCUGGGGGUUGCAACUGAUUGUGCUGGUGGGCACCUGGUGUUAAUCCAGGAUGGGUCCGAGCAGCGUGUUUUGCUAACCAACACUGUCUACCCUGUUGAUCCUUUGACAGUUGAUGGUACGACCGUGAAGCUUCUCUUUGGAGAUUCUGGUGUUUGGCUGGGAAAUAAGCUUGAGACUGGUGACUACAGCACGGUUGAGGCAUUAGAGGAUAGGUGGGUGAUUGCUGCCUAUGCUCCUCGGGGUACAUGGAAGAUUCUGAACGAAUACGCUCGUGAGCUUGAGAGCUUGGGGUUCGAUUCUAAAGGGUUGGAUCACCUUUUCGCUGCAGAGCGUGCUUCGAUUUCAAAGUUUAAUGCUGAGGGUGAUGAGGACUUGACCUCUGAGGGGCUUUGGGAAGUUGAGUUUCCUUGUGAAGUGUUGAAGCCUGGUUGGCGUGAGCACGUUUUAAGAAAUCACCUGUCCUCAGCUUUGGCGUGUAAAGCCCUUGUGAAGGAGCUUAGCUGUUUUGGAAAUGAUGAUGUAGGCUACGAAUUGAUUCGGACCUUGAAGUCGGUUGAAUGCCAGCGCGAGUGGUAUGAGGGACUUCUGUGGGAUGACUUUGUCAGGAAUUCUGGGAGUAUGUUAAAGGCUUUGAAUCAGGAUGUUCCUCUGAACCCGGAAGACCAAACCAGCCCUGCCGAAGCUUUUCUCCAAACGAGGACAGUAAGCUUAGCUGAGGCAAAGGGUGAAUUGGUGCUAUGGAUACCUUCGGCUACUGAGGAAGUUGUCUCUUUGGAACAAACGAAUGAGGCUGUUGAGCGCAUUGUCGUGUCGGACAUUGAGCGGUUGAUUCAAGAAGGAAAAAGGGUAACCCAGGUUCCAGGAAAGGCAGUCCUAACCAGGAAGGCUGGUGUUGGGAAACGCCGAUUCAGGUGUGUCGCGUGUGGGAACUACAUCCCCACUGGCUCUCCUGAUUCCAACAACCUUUAUGCGAGUGGCGUUGAAAGCUUGACUGUCAGAACGGCAUUAGGUUUUGCUGCUUACCGUGGUUGGGCAGCUUUGAGCGCCGACAUAAGGACGGCCUUCCUUCACGCGCCGUUGGACGGCGAGCUUGAGUCCGAAGAAAUUAUCAUUGUCAGGCCUCCAUCUAUUCUUGUAGACAUGAAAAUUCUUUCCCCGAAUCAUCGAUGGCGCGUGCGUAAAGCACUGUAUGGGUUACGACAAGCUCCCUUGGCUUGGGCCCGGUUCCGAGAUAAGUCAUUGCGGGUGCUGACCUUUCAGUGUGACGGUGCAUGGUAUGCCUUGCAGCAGGGUGUCAGUGAUGAUUCGCUUUGGUUCAUCACUAAAAGCGAGAUUGCCGAGGAUGACACUGAGCGUUGGCAUGGUAUCUUGAUCAUUUACGUUGACGAUCUUUUGGGUUUCGCUUCAUCGGUGAUCCUUAGUGCCCUUUUCGAUGAAAUACAGAAGCUGUGGAAGCUUUCGGAACCCGAGUGGAUUCGGGAGGAGGCUGCCACUAAGUUCUGUGGGUUGGAAAUCCAGGCCCUACAACGAGGAGGGUAUCGCAUAUCGCAGGUUUCCUAUUUGCAGGAGCUUUUUGCAAGAUACGACGUCACAAGCAGUGCAAGUGCGCCCUUGAGUAAUUGGACUGAUCCGGAAAAUGAGCAACAGGUGCAGUUGGAGACUGUCCGGAAGGCGCAAGCCCUGACAGGUGCUUUGCUUUGGGCUUCGUCGAAAACCAGACCCGAUAUUGCUUUUGCUGUCAGUAAACUUGGGCAAUAUGCUGUGAAGGCGCCAAGCAUUGUGAUUGAGAGCGGGCAUCAAAUCCUGCGCUACUUGUAUGGUACGGCGGACCUGUGGCUGGAAUACCAGAAGCCAAGCGACAAUUCCUGGCUUGACGCUCCGGUUCCUCGAACUUUAAAUACUCUGGAGUUGUACACCGACGCUUCCCAUGCAGAGCUAGUUGCAGUCACCGCCGGAAUAGUUGCUGCAGAAUCAAUUGGGGGCAUCAUUGAGGAAAUGAUCGAGUCCGACAUCACGGUCGUUUGCUGUUGGAAGUCUCGGGUGGCGUAA